GUCUUGCUAGGUUAGUCCAACACAAGCAGGUGGGACGGGUGCGGCGAUGUGAGAGCCAUGUGAAUUAAGAGAUGAGUUUUCCGAAACGAGAAGUGGAUUACUACAGAAGAAUACACAGCGUAUCAUGGGCGGCGUGAAGUGAAAUAUAUGUUUUAACCCUUACUUUUGGCGUUGUUCGUACAGUUAGCUAGCUUGCUAGCCAAUUGUCAUUAUAGUAAAUUUAAAAUUUGGAGCUGCAAUUAACCGCACAUUUUUUUGCACUUAUCGUGAAUGAAACUGAAUAUAUUACAGAGCAUCUCGUUUUUUCAGAACUUUUUCUUUCACGGACUUUACUUUUUACAACCUGAGCAUGGCUUUUGCUAAAUUCAGCAAAAUACUCAGGCUGUCUUCCUUCGAUAUUAAAAAGAAAGCCAAGCAGUAUGAACAUGUUCGUCGAGAUUUAAACCCAAACGACAUAUGGGAAAUAAUCGGAGAACUGGGCGAUGGAGCAUUUGGGAAAGUGUAUAAGGCUAAAAACAAAGAAACAGGAGCGCUGGCAGCUGCCAAGGUGAUUGAGACGAAGAGUGAAGAGGAGCUGGAGGACUACAUGGUGGAGAUUGACAUCCUCGCGUCAUGUGACCACCAGUACAUUGUCAAGCUGCUGGAUGCCUUCUAUUAUGACAACAAGCUUUGGAUCAUGAUCGAGUUCUGCCCUGGGGGUGCGGUGGAUGCAGUGAUGCUGGAGCUGGACCGGGGCCUGAUGGAGCCGCAGAUCCAGGUGAUCUGCCGGCAGAUGCUGGAGGCGCUGGCCUACCUGCACAGCAUGAAGAUCAUCCACCGCGACCUGAAGGCCGGGAACAUCCUGCUCACCCUGGACGGGGACAUCAAGCUGGCGGAUUUUGGCGUGUCUGCAAAAAACACCAAAACCUUGCAGAGAAGAGAUUCUUUCAUCGGGACACCAUACUGGAUGGCUCCCGAGGUGGUGAUGUGCGAGACCAUGAAGGAUGCCCCGUACGACUACAAGGCCGAUAUCUGGUCGCUGGGCAUCACGCUGAUCGAGCUGGCCCAGAUCGAGCCCCCGCACCACGAGCUCAACCCCAUGAGGGUCCUGCUGAAGAUCGCCAAGUCCGAGCCGCCGACGCUGGAGCAGCCUGGGAAGUGGUCACGGGAGUUUAAGGAUUUCCUGAAAAAAUCAUUGGAUAAGAAUCCAGAGACCCGGCCAAACACAGCCCAGCUCCUGGAGCACCCCUUUGUUUCCUCGGUGAAGACCAAUCGUCCGCUGCGAGAGCUGGUCGCCGAGGCGAAGGCUGAAGUCAUGGAGGAAAUCGAGGACAAUAGAGAGGAAGGAGAGGAGGACGACACGGCCGAGCUCACAUCUGCCCCAGGCAAAGAUCCCUCAGAAACCAGUCAGACCAGUUUGGAAGGGGACCAUCCAGUUGACACGCCUGCCAAGCCCCCGCUGGAAGACGGCAAGCCCCCUGAGGAAGGCCCCCUCAAAGACCCGAACGACAAGCUGCCGAGCGACAAGAUCUCAGACGAAGGCAUCGCCAUCGGCGACCCUGACAAGCCCGAGAGUGAGACAUCCGUCAAGACCUCCAGCUCUGACUCCGGGAUCGAGGACGGGAAGAGCACGCCCACUUCCGAUGAGGGAAAACCCGUGGCCACGCCCGAGUUGGAGGUCCCGCCCCCUCUGGCGCCUGUCCAGGACGCCGACCCAGAGCCGGAGAAGCCUGGCGAUGCCGAUGGCCCCGUCGUCCCGAUGCCCGCCGGCCUGCCGCUGAUAGAGCUGAAUGGGAACCUGAGGAAGGGCCAGGCGGGUCGCCCGCCCUCGGCAGAGGUCCCCGAGCACCUGGAGAACGCCGUCCCCCGGGCCGAUGGGCGACUGUCCAAGCGGUACUCAGACACCGGCAGCGUGUCCGCCUCGGAGAGCAUGGACAUCAGCCUCAACCUGUCAGGGGACAUCUCCGUCAACAAGGAGACAGGCUCCAUUUCCGUCAGGGACUCCCGCUUCUCCAACAAGACGCUGAAGCGCACCAGGAAGUUCGUGGUGGACGGCGUGGAGGUCAGCGUGACCACGUCCAAGAUCAUCAGCGACGAUGAGAAGAAAGACGAGGAGAUGAGAUUUCUCAGGCGUCAGGAGCUGCGAGAGCUGCGUCUGCUGCAGAAGGAGGAGCAUCGCGCCCAGGCCCUGCUCAACGCCAAGCUGGAGACUCAGAAGGAGCAGAUGCAGCGUCGCUUCGACCAGGAGAUGAAUGCGAAGAAGAAGUACUACGACACAGAGCUGGAGCACCUGGAGAAGCACCAGAAGCAGACCAUAGAGAAGAUGGAGAUGGACCACGCCGUGCGGCUCAGGGACGAGACCAAGCGCAUACGCUCUGAGCAGGAGAGGGACUACUGCAAGUUCUUAGAGCAGAUGAAGCAGAGGAAGAAGGAGGUUAAGCGUGAGGUUGAGAAACUGCCCAGAAGUCAACGAAAGGAACAGCUGAAACAGCGAAUGAGUGCGUUUCAGCAGACAAAAGAGACCGAGGAACAGAAGUUCCUUGCAGACCAGAGGAACUACCUGGACACCACACUGAAGGGGAUCAUAUCUGAUAACAAACGGGAGAUCUCUGAGACUGAGCGCGAGUGCCUAAACAAGAAACAGCAUCUCAUCAGAGAAAGGGAAGCCACUAUCUGGGACCUGGAGGAGCACAACCUUCAUGAGAGUCACCAGCUGAUGAAGCAACAGCUGAAAGACCAGUACUUCCUCCAGAGGCACCAGCUGCUUAAGAAGCAUGAGAAGGAGCAGGAGCAGAUGCAGUGCUAUAACCAGCGCAUGAUAGAGCUGCUGAAGGCCCGGCAGCAGCAGGAGAAGGCCCGGCUGCCCAAGAUCCAGAGGAGCGAGGGCAAGGUCCGCAUGGUGAUGUUCAAGAAGAGCCUGCGCAUCAACUCCACCGGGAGCGCAUCUGAGGACCGUGAGAAGAUCAAGCAGUUUGCCCAGCAGGAGGAGAAGAGGCAGAAGGCAGAGCGUCUCCACCAACAGCACAAACAUGAGAACCAGAUGAGGGAGAUGGUAGGGCAGUGUGAGAACAACCUCAGGGAGCUACAGCAGCUCCAGAAUGAGAAGUGCCACCUGCUCAUUGAGAAUGAGACCCAGAGGCUGAAAUCGCUGGACGAGAUGCACAACCAGCACCUGAGAGAGUGGAGAGAGCAGCUUAAACCCAGGAAAAAGGCUUUGGAGGAGGAGCUGAACCAGAAGAAGAAGGAGCAGGAGGCCUUCUUUAAGAUGAGUGAGGACUCGGAGUGCGUGAGCCCCAGCUCCCCCAACAAACUCACCAAAUUCCUGCCGUACUCGGACUCCUCCACCACGUAAUCCCAGCGGCCCACGGCCACCUCAGGACCAACCCUAGGAACCCCCCUACGGAUUCCACCUCAUCUGGGGCAAAUGUAACCAGUGAUGUCCUCUCCGAGUUUUUCUUUUAAUAAGAGUAUUUAUGUUUUUAAGUCAUGUUCAAGUAUUUUAAUUUGAUUAACACUUGAUGGAAGGCUUCCUUUGGUCUAGAUAGUUAUUGUUUGAGCUUACUUCCACCCCCCCAAACACACAUACACACACACACACACACACACACACACACACACACACACACAAAGUAAGCUUGCAGUAUUUUGAACCUAUGCAGUGCAAUUUAUUCCUUACUGAACAAACUGAUAUUGUAUUAGAUACCUGUCCCAUCUUGUCUUUUUUACCUUCCAUUUUAUACACCUUGCAGUUACCUCCCUGACCCCCAGCUCCUUCAUGAUAAUGUAGUGUUCUUUUGCCAGCCCCCUGUAGCAUGCUAGCCUGCAGUGUCAGCUGGACUUGACGGAGAAGGUUCUGUAUCCAAAUGGGGAAGACUUCUCAAGUGUUCUGCUCUGCAUAUGUUCAGUGUAGGGAUGCAAAGUGGGUACGUGCUCAGUGUGAUGUAAAAAGCAGCUAAGCAGGGGCUUACCAUAAAACACCUGUUAUUGACAGAUCUGAGCUCAUUCCAAAGAUCCUACCUUAAGCAGGCCCAGAAACACAGGCUCUGUGCAUUGUCACAAAAGAGCAAUGUGUUGCUUCAAUUUGCCAUUAUGUGCCUAAGCUCCAGACCCUUGUUUGAAUUUUGUGUUUUCUGGGUGAAUGUCUGGCUGCCAAAAGUGUACUUGUCACGUUGACCUGUUUUUCUUUUUGUUUACUGAGCACAGAAUGCAGAAACUGGUGUAAAAAAAAAAAAAA